AUGUCCUAUAUACACCCUACUGUUCAAACCAAUCUCGCUAAUAAUGAUACAGGUACAAAUGCACUGUAUAAUAGUACUCUAGCCACAGCUCAACCUUUGUCCUUUGUGGUUGACCCAAAAAUUAAAGGCAAGAUUUGGGCCAACGAAUAUUUAGCUAGUCAAGCGGGUGAGGCUGCAGCAUUGGACUAUGACACGAAAUUCCGUCUUUGGCGCCAGUCCACAUUAAUUCCGUGA